CAGGUCCUCGAGUGCAUGGAUUUGACUAAAUGUGGUGACAGCGUCCUUGAGAUCUUGGAAUGUCACCUGCGGAGCGAGUGCAGGCAGAGGCAUCGCCUGGCACUCAGAGGCCUCGUGGUGCUCAGCAAGGAUCCCUCGAUGGCUAGAAUAAUGUGCCGUCUGUCUCCAAGCCUCCUGGAGCUGCUGGGUGAUGCAGAUGGAGACAUGGUCCGCAUGUCCCUCUCUGUGUUCACUAAUCUGCUCAAGAACAAAGGCAUCCUGAUACUGAGCACCACUGCCCCAAAGCUGGCUGAGGCACUCCUGGAGCUCUUUGACCACGACAAAAGCGAAGUGCAGGUGCUCUCCCUUGACCUCUUCUUCAAGGUGAUGGACUUGGUAGUGGAUGAGGGAAAAAAACCCCUGGAGAAGACUUUGAGCCACAGCCUGCUCCCGCUCUUCUUGCACUGCCAUGAUGAGAACCAACACGUGGCAAAGGCCUCUCGGGAAACGCUGCUUCGAGUGACCGAGUUCCUGAAGAGGAGGAAGCUCAAGCAGCUGGUGAAGAAGGAGCAGCUGUCAAAGUUCGCCGAAUGCCUGCUGGCAGAGGACAGGAGCCGAGCGGCCGAGCACCUGCGCCGGGCCCUGCCGUACCUGCAGAACCCACAGGAGCCCCUGCGAGCGGCGGCCAUCAGGUUCAUGGAGAUGGCCGGGGAGCCCGCGAUGGCGCAGAAGGAAGAGCUGCAGGCCCUCAGUGAGGGCCUUCAAGCCCCAAGGAACAGUGCCAGCCCUUUCUCUUUGGAUAUUGAAAAUCGUACCCACUUAGCCCUAAAGGCUCUAGAAGUAUCUUCUGGAUUAUCUUCUGGAUCCACUGUACCAUUGUCCCAAGAACAAUACCUGUAGUCCCACCUCCCAGUGCUGCUAGAGCUCCAGGCACAGCUGAUGAUUGGCACAGCUGAGCCUGUGGGAAGCUCAAAUGCCUUCAGCCCUCUUUUGCCUAUAGAUAGUUUCCCUCCCUCUAGCCCUCACUGUCCAUCCCCUUUUUACCCAUCACUCUCCAUCCCUUUUGACAGUUCCAUCUCAGGAGCCCUCAGACCAUGCCCAUCCCCAUUUUUCCAUCCCACAUCACCCAUUUUUUUGCCUUGCAUUAAUAAACAGUUUGGCUUCUUCA